GGCUCCGGACACUAAGGUUUAGAGCGGAUACAAUUCUGUUUGCUAAUUGUGGGUGAAAACACAUGCCACGUAGGCAUUGACCAAGUCAAAGGUCCACGAGGUUAGCAAGGAAUUCUGUAAGAUUUUAAAUAGUUCACACUUCAUACCAACCUGUAAUCUUUGUCACAGUUGAUCUUGCGAGUCAUAAGUCCACAUACAAUUUCUCCACCUUCCGAUUGAGAUUAGGUGUAGUGGAAAAAUAAAAUAUUGCCAUAAAGUGUUUUGUUUGGUUUUGAGCUUUCCAGCAUUGCCUACCAAAAUACCACAAAACUUCAGAAAAUAAAGUCUUAUUUUGUAUGAUAUAUUCUCUUGUCUGGUCCUCCUUGGCUAACUUCCUACCAAAUAGCUGUAAAUCCUUUCUGGCCGGUGCUAUGCCUUUGGAAUGAAAUAAUCAUCUCGUUUAAUUGUGAGAAAACGUUUUUGACUCUUCCAGCAGCACUUUCAAACAUAUCCAAAGUUUAUUUUAAAAGCUUUCCUUUGGGGUCCAUUUUGAAGAAAAAAAUGUCAUUGCUGUUGCUUAAACCAUUGGUUUGUUUACUCAUAUUUGUCCUCCUUUUCCACCUCCAAUCAUAUUAAAAACAUACAAACCUUAUACCCACUACCAAGAAUUUUCUUUUCCGCCAUUCCAGACUCCCAUUAAUUCCAUCACUUGCUUUCCUUCUCUGUUUUUCUCUCCGUUUCUUGAUCAUGAAUCUCCUCCGUAUUAUUGUUGUCACCAUCAUAUUCACAACCUUCCCCAACCGAGCUUUCUCCGCAGACCAAAGAUUCGAGGCCUGCGAGCCUCAAACGUGCGGAAAUGGUCCGAACAUAAGCUACCCUUUUUGGCUUUCUGGCAAGCAAGAGUCCUGCGGUUACCCGAGCUUCAAGAUCACCUGCAAUGAAAAAUAUCCGGUAUUUAGUAUUUCCGACGAUGAUUACAUCAUUAGAGAAAUCUUUUACUCAAACCAUUCGUUUGUUCUGGCCAACGCGGCAGUCUAUGAAGACAAAUGUCCACUUCCUCAACACAACUUCAGCCUCGAUCAAACGCCUUUCAACUAUAGUUCCAAUCACGGCAAUUUUGCCUUCUUCUAUGAUUGCCCUGAAGACCCUCCGGAAUACAUGCUUUCAUAUCCCAUUGACUGUGCCAGCAACGGCAGCCAUCACUCUUUUGCUACUUUUCACAAGGAGCUAGUUGAGCGCAUGAGCUAUUCGUUAGACUCGUGCCAGUCUUCAGUUCAUUUGCCUUUCGAUGGUGAUGCUAAUGUCGAUGCAUUGAAGCAAAUGAACUACACCGAAAUCUUGAAAAUGGGGUUCAUUUUGAACUGGACUGCACAGAACUGCAGCAAGUGCAAGAGGAGUGGCGGGCGCUGUGGAUUCGAUGACAAUGAAUUCGUUUGUUUUUGUAGUGAUCGACCUCAUGUCAAAACCUGUGAUGAUGAUAAUAAUUCUUGGGACUGGAAGAGGAAGGUUAUUGUAGGUGCUCUUUCUGCAGGAAGUGGGCUCAUGAUCUGUGUUAUUGUCUGCUGUGUUAAAGCUAGGAAGCAAAUUUUCAAGAGAAGCAACAAUCAAGAUCUCGAGGCUUUCAUAAGGACUAAUGGACCUCUAGCAGUAAAAAGAUAUAAAUUUUCAGAAAUCCGAAAAAUGACCCAGUCAUUUAAAGAUAAACUAGGUCGAGGAGGUUAUGGCGAUGUGUACAAAGGCAAUCUGCUGGAUGGUAGUCCUGUCGCUGUGAAGGUUCUCAAAGCAUCCAAAGGGAGUGGAGAGGACUUCAUAAACGAGGUUGCAAGCAUUAGUAGAACUUCCCACGUCAAUGUUGUCACUUUGCUAGGGUAUUGCUUUGAAGGUCAGAAAAAAGCUCUCGUAUAUGAGUUCAUGCCCAAUGGAUCACUCGAAAAGUACACUUACAAUGAAAAUGCUUUGCAAACGAGUAAUCCACAAUUGGAAGUGGAACAACUACUCGAUAUUGUUACUGGGAUAGCUCGAGGACUCGAGUACUUGCACCGCGGAUGCAACACGCGAAUUUUACAUUUUGACAUAAAACCGCAUAAUAUUCUUUUGGAUGAAAACUUUUGCCCCAAGAUUUCUGAUUUUGGGCUUUCGAAAUUAUGCCUCAACAAGGAGAGUAUUAUGUCGAUGUUGGAUGUAAGAGGGACGAUUGGGUAUAUUGCUCCGGAAGUGUUUUGUAGAAACUUUGGAGGAGUUUCAGUUAAGGCUGAUGUCUACAGCUAUGGAAUGAUGGUUCUGGAGAUGGUUGGAGGAAGAAAGAACAUCAAUGCUCGAGCUAGCCACACGAGUGAUGCUUGUUUUCCGGAUUGGGUUUAUAAGCAGCUUGAGAUGGGCAGCAGUUUAGGGUUGCCCAAUGGUGUGACAGAAGAGGAAAACGAACUCGCAAGGAAGAUGAUUUUGGUAGGGUUGUGGUGCAUACAGACGAAGCCAUCAGAUAGGCCAUCUAUGAGUAGAGUGAUUGAAAUGCUGCAAGGAAGUAUUGAAGCCUUGCAAAUACCACCAAAGCCUGUCCUAACUUUUCCUGUAAGAACACCACCAGAAUCUUCCACGUUAUCACAUAUAUGUUCUUUUCUGGAUUAAUUGGUGUACAUCCUAUCGAUAAUUCAGUUCAUUAGAGCUAUUGGAUAAAUUUUAACUCGUAAUAACUAGCAAGAGAAAUGAUUUCCGCAUGAAUUUUUA